AUGACACAGCAAAAUAAAACAAUGAAUUUUUAUAUACAAGACGCUAAUGGGCACCCGCAAUUUAUUAAGGUAGUACAGAGUACUCCUAAUAAAGGUGCAUUGACUAGCAUAGUGGGAGCCACUAAUACAAGUGGGAUCAAAGUAUUUAAGACACCUGGUCAAGACCCACAGGUUUUACAACCGGGAACACAAGUAUUGAGGACCAUCAGUUUGCAGAGUCAAUCAACACCUGGUCAAAGACUGGUGACAAUUCCGCUGCAAGGUACUAAAAUGACAGCAGUAAAAAGUGGAGACUCUCAAGGUUCUAAGACUAUCCAGUUAACGUCUGCUCAAAUGAGCACUUUAAAACAGAAUGUUAUGGCACAUUCAGGCGGUGGUCAACAAAUAAUAAAAGAUGCAUCUGGAAAAACAUUUGUCACUCCGUUACUUGAUCAUUCUACUAAUCGGAAGCGUUAUGACGCUGAUGGUCAUGAUUACGUGCCACACAAACGAAGAAAAUCUGAAAAAGUUGGUAAAGGUCUCCGACACUUUUCCAUGAAAGUUUGUGAAAAAGUAAAGAAAAAAGGCACGACGUCUUACAAUGAAGUAGCAGAUGAACUUGUUGGUGAGUUCACGAAUCCAGCACACAUGAAUUCAAUAACUGAUCAGCAGUACGAUCAAAAGAACAUCAGACGACGAGUCUACGACGCGCUUAAUGUUUUGAUGGCUAUGAACAUUAUUUCUAAAGAAAAGAAAGAAAUCAGAUGGUUGGGACUGCCGACGAAUUCACUCCAAGAGUGUGUCUCAAUUGAAAAAGACAAAAAGAAAAAAAUUGAACGGAUCAAAACUAAAACUCAGCAGUUACAUCAGCUUAUUUUGCAACACAUUUCAUUUAAAAAUUUGGUCGAACGUAACAGCUGUAAUGAAAAAUUACACGGUCCACCAAAACCUAAUUCGGCAAUUCAGUUGCCUUUUAUUAUAUUGAAUACUAGCAAAAAGACUGUUGUUGACUGUAGUAUCACAAACGACAAAUCCGAGUACCUGUUCAAUUUUAACAAUAAAUUUGAAAUCCAUGACGAUAUCGAAGUUUUAAAACGCAUGGGCUUGGCUUUUGGUUUAGAAAGUGGAAAGUGUGUAGAAGAGAAUUUACGGCGGGCUAAAUCAAUGGUACCUAAGUCACUGGAAAAAUAUGUCGAACAGAUGGCUUCAGGCGAUUUAGACAAGUUUAUCCCCGUUACUAUUCCCGGACCAAGUGCACCAAUAGAAGACGUGGAAAUAAAAAUGGAAGGUUCUGGCUCGCGGCCACCAUCCUCAUCGCACACUUCGUUAUCCGGAGAAGCGUCUCCUCCAUCACACUACUUUUCGGAAGACGAAGAAGAAGAAGAAGAAAUGAGUGAACAAGACGACACAGUUGACAGUGAUGUUGAUGUUAACUAGCACUCUUAAACUGAUGA